GAAGGAUGUCUCGUGCACGCCAGCCUCCUUUGGUCACUGGCAUCUCACCCAAUGAGGGCGCGCCGUGGACCAAAGUCACUAUUCGUGGAGAGAACCUGGGCACCGGACACAAUGACCUCAUAGGUCUGUCUAUCUGUGGUCAUAACUGUUUGCUGACAGCAGAAUGGAUGUCUGCUAGUAAGAUAGUGUGUCGAGUGGGUCCUGCUAAAGAUGACAAGGGCGAGAUCAUCGUCACCACCAAGAGCGGAGGUCGAGGGAUGUCCACGGUCUCCUUCAAACUGCUCAAACCUGAGAGGAUCGGCAUUCUGGAUCAGUCUGCGGUCUGGGUUGAUGAGUUGAAUUACUAUGACAUGAGGACCGAUCGCAACAAAGGAAUCUCUCCUCUCUCGCUGAGGCCGGCCAACCCUUUGGGCAUCGAAAUAGACAAAGGGAAGGUUCCUCUAAAGGAUCUGGAGAACAUGUUCCCUGGGAUGAGUGGAGACUUCACCAGCGAGAAUUUCUCUGCCACCUGGUAUCUCAUGGAGAACCAUUCUUCAACCAGCUUUGAGCAACUGCGUGCGGCUGUGGGAAGUCUUAAGAAACAGGCCAGUAAGAAGAAUGAGGGCAGUCUGGCCUAUGUGAAAGGAGGUCUCAGCACUUUCUUUGAGGCUCAGGAUGCUCUUGCAGCUAUCCAUCAGAAGCUUGAAUCGGAUGGCACUGAGAAGGUAGAGGGCUCUAUGACCCAGCGACUAGAGAAUGUCCUUAACAGAGCAAGUGAAACUGCUGACACCCUGUUUCAAGAAGUGUUGGGCAGAAAGGACAAGGCCGACUCCACACGCAACGCUCUCAAUGUCCUCCAGAGAUUCAAAUUUCUAUUUAACCUGCCACUCAACAUAGAACGCAACAUCCAGAAGGGCGAUUAUGACGUUGUUAUCAAUGAUUAUGAGAAAGCCAAAUCUCUGUUUGGGAACACAGAGGUCCCAGUCUUUAAGAAAGUAUAUUCGGAGGUGGAGACGCGUAUAGAAGCUCUGAGGAAACUGCUUUUGGAUAAACUUCUGGAGACACCAUCCACUCUACAUGAUCAGAAACGCUAUAUCAGAUAUCUGUCAGAUCUACAUGCUCCAGGUGACCCGGCAUGGAAAUGUAUAGUCGCUCAACACAAGUGGAUCCUGCAGCUGAUGCAAAACUGUAAAGAAGAUUUUAUCACAGAGCAGAAAGUGUGUGGUGUCGGUUUAGAGGUGGAUCGGUCCUCAGCUCUGAACAGGAUCAGCCUCUCAGCUCCGGUGAAGAGAGGAGGCAGCUUCCAGACACCUAAAGAUGACUCGUGGCACUAUAAGAGCCCUCAGCAGGUGCGGUUUGUGGAAAAGCUCUCAGACGUGGUUAUCAGCCAGCUGCCCAACUUCUGGAAACUCUGGAUCUCUUACGUCAACGGCAGCCUUUUCAGUGAGACGGGAGAGAAGUCUGGUCAGGUGGAGAAGUUAAAGAAGAACGCCCGGCAAAGACAGAAUGACUUUAAGGUCCGUAAAGCAGCUGGAAUGGUUUUAUUAAGUCAUGAAGCUCUGUCAGCUUUAGAGAUUCCUAAUGACCUGCUGCAGGUGAUUCAGGAUUUACUGCAGGACCUGCGUGUGCACUGCCUGCUGACCACACUACAGCACACUGAAGAGGACGUAAAGAGACUUGCAGAAAAAGAAGACUGGGUUGUGGACAACGAAGGAAUCACAUCACUGCCGGCCCAGUUUGAGCAGUGUAUGGUUCAGAUGCUGCAGUCUCUAAAAGAGCCGAUGGAAUGUAAACCCGGAGAGAUCAAUAUCUUUAAUCUGGAUGUGGUUCAGGACAAAGCUUGUGAACAGUGUGUUUCUAUCAUGAAGGUCUUUAUUAAGUGCCUCGAACAGCUCAGCACCAAGACUGAUGGAGACAUCGACACCUCUCAUUUGUCUGUGGACUUGGCCUCGCCUGAUCUUUUUGGAAGCAUCCAAGAAGACUUCAGUUCAAAACCAGAGCAACGUCUCCUCAUCAUCCUGAGUAACUGUCAGUAUCUGGAGAGACGCACGUUUCUCAAUUUGGCUGAGCACCUGGAGAAGAACGGCUUCACCACUGCAGAGAAGAUCGUCAGGGUCAGCAUAGAGGCGCUGAGACAGCUGGAUGAAUAUCUGUUUGAGACGUACGUCGAGAAAAAAUCUGAUCCUAUCGUCGGCUCUCUGGAGCCUGGCAUCUAUGCAGGAUACUUUGAUUGGAAGGACUGCCUGCCACCUACAGGUGUGAGGAGUUACUUGAAGGAGGCUUUGGUCAGCAUUAUCUCUGUUCAUGCUGAGGUUUUCACGGUUUCUAAAGAGCUGGUUCCUCGUGUUUUAUCAAAGAUCAUUGAGGCUGUAGCUGAAGAAAUGAGCCGUCUGAUGCAGUGUGUGUCCUCCUUUAGUAAAAAUGGUGCACUGCAGGCACGUUUGGAAAUCUGUGCGCUGCUAGACGCCAUAGAGCCGUACCUUACAUCAGAGAGUCGCACUAGUUUUAAGCAGGCAUUGGAAGCUCUACCACAGCUACAGAGUGGAACUGACAAGAAACUCUUGGAGGAACUACUGAAUAAGUUUAAGAGUAGCAUGAAGCUACAGCUUAAUUGCUUCAAGCCUGCUUCUUUUCAGCCUGUGAAACGAUAAUCCUUCACAAAACCCCAACAUAUCCACAGCGCCUCUUCGUUGUAACACUAAGACACCAUUUCAGUUUUAAAAACCAUUAAAAGUCAAUAUAGUGCCACUAA